AUUUUCCUUCUUCCGAAAAUAUUGAAAAAGUUUGACAUUGUAGUCCAUAUUGGAAAGCAUGACUUCGACAUGAUGUUAUUAUAUGUCCGAGACGAAAUCAGUUACAAGUGAGACGCGAAAGUGUGUACAGGACAUAUAAACACGCUCUUGUGUGCGAUAACGAACGUUUCAAAAAUUCUUAUUAGUGCGACCUUACAUUUUUAAUAUAUAUUAUCAACUCUCAACUAUUCAAUAUUACGUCAGUUUUGUGAGGAAGAGAUAUUUUUAUUGAAUAAAGGAAUGGCUAAUUUUAAAAUUUCCGCACCAGGAAGAAUCGUCUUAUCCGGAGAGCACUCGGCGACGUAUAACAAAACUUUGAUUGUGGCCGGCUUAAGUCUUCGCACCAGACUCGAAUUCCAGGAACUGCCUGAAUCUGAAAGAAUUAUUUCGAUCAAUUUCUCUCGGAUUGACUUAGAAAAGGACAUACCUCUAGAAAUUGUUGAAAGCUACUUCUUUAACACAGAUCUCUCAGAAAUUCGAUCGAAUCCAAUCCAUUUUCUUCGAUACGUGACAUACUUUAUCACUAUGCACGGUUUGUGGAAGACAUUUGAGCAGAGAUUUAGCUUACAUAUAUUCUUUUACCUAUUUUAUUCUUUGACUUAUAAUCUCAAAAGAAGAUCGCCUUUUCGGGUGUUGGUGACCACUGAAAUACCUUUCGGGUCUGGCCUUGGCAGUUCGACAUCGUUCGCUGCGUGUCUGGCAGGAUGUUUUCUUCAUUGGAAGUGUCUACAGAGUGGUGAUCACAUUAGAUUUAACUAUGAAGAUUUGGAGACGAUUAAACGUUAUACUGAGUCUUGUGAAGAUUUUAUGCAAGAAUAUGUAUUUCCCGCGAUCGAUGCCGAAACUUGCAUUUACGGUCAAGUACGAAAUUAUCAACGUGCGUAUUAUAAAUCUUUUUUUACAAAUGUCAUAAAUUUAAAAACGGUAUUAAAGGUGCUAGUGAUCGCAACAAAUAUUCGUCAAGAUAAAAAGAACCGAGCGCUACAAAUAGCAGUGCUGAAUUCUGUACAUCCGGAUUUUGAAACUUUCAUAAAUUUAUUAGAUGAAGUUGCAACAACAAUAUAUAAUAGACUUAGAUAUAUUGACAAUAUUCGUAACAUCGGAGAUCCUAUUGUCCAUCAGAAUGCUUACAGGACUUACAGUCACACAUUAUAAGAAAUCAACAAUUGUUGAGGGAAUAUAAUUUGUCGCAACCGGACUUUGAUACAAUUUCGGAGAUUGCAAGUCAGUUUGAAUACGGAGCAAAGCUUACAGGUUUUGAAGGCGGAUUUGCAUACAUUAUGUUACGACCAAAUCUCACAGACAUAGAAAUCCAACAUUUACAAGAACAGUUCUCGAAUAGAAGUUUCACUACCAAGAUCGCCACCAUCGAUUGUAAU